AUGAAGGAGGAUACUGAGCUUGAGGAAGGAGAGGCUUGCUAUUACAAGGAUGACGAUGAAAACAACAUUGACCCUGAUUCUUUCUCAUACAUUGAUGAAAAGAUUCAACAUUUUCUUGGCCAUUUUCAAAAGGAAUUUGAAGGUGGUGUAUCUGCUGAGAAUUUGGGUGCAAAAUUUGGUGGCUAUGGUUCCUUUUUACCUACCCAAGAGCGUUCUCCUUGUAUACGGUCUCAUCCAAGGACUCCACAAAGAAAUCACAACUCACCAAAGUUUAAUAACAAUCUCCACAUGGAGGCUGUGUCUCAUAACAAAAAAGCACCUACAAAUGUGCCUCCUCCAACAAGGCCUGAAAAUGUCUCUGGUAGUUCACAUCCUUUCCGUGAUUUAAGAGAAGCUUCAGUAAAUAAUUUAGUGAAGAAAGAGCAAGGAAUUUCUUCCGGUGAUAUAGCUGAGAGGUGCACUUUGAAACAUGUUACUACAAAAAUUACCGAGAAUUCAACUGACCAAAGGACACUGAAGUUUCGAAUCAAAAUGAAAUCUAAUAUCCUAGCACAAAAGAAUGCAGAAAUUUAUAGUGGCCUUGGACUUGAUGACUCUCCCUCUUCCUCAAUGGGGAACAGCCCUGGGGAAAGUGAAGGCAUGCCACCUGUAUAUCAAGAGAGUGCUGAAGAUUCUCCAACUGGCAUUAUUCAGGUUAUGACUUCUUUUCCUAUCCCUGGGGGUGUUCUAAUAUCUCCUCUACAUGAAAUUGUGCUCAACCUGAUGAAAAAUGAUAAAGUUAUUGGAGAUAACAGAAUUUCAUCCUCUCUUAAUGGUCGUCAAGAUCUUUGUUCCAUGUCUACUGAUGAAUCAGAUUCUUUUGUGGGUGCUGGGCAUUCGAAGAACAUGAUGAGAAUAGUGAGACAAAGUGACAUGCAAUUGGAAUUGAAGCAUCCGAAUGGCACCCUUUCUGAGAAGGAUACUACAUUGCAUAAAAAGAAAAAAUUACGAAAUAGAACACCAGAUCAUAAAGAUUUCCUCUCUAAUGAAUUGAAAUGGACACCUCUGUCAAGUUCAAUUUGUGAUGCUGGUGAAACUGCUGAAGGCACUGCUAAAGCGAUUAAACCCUCCAAGAAGGUUAAUGAAAAUGGGGUGCAAGGUAGAAUGGUUUCUGAAGAAGCAUUGAAGGAAGAGUCAUUGGAAUCAAUAUCUGGUCAAGAUUUUGGGAAGACUGUAAAACAAACUGCAGGAAAUGGUUUUAUGAAAACUGCUUUAGAGCAUAAACUGGAAAGUUCCCACAAGGAUAAUUCUAUGAACCCUAAGAAUAAUAACACGAGUAGUAAUUCCAUUAUUUCCAAUAAGUUUGAACGUGAUGUAAAAUGUAAGGUAGAUCAUAAGUCUGAGAUCCAUCAGAAGGUAAAGGCUGUGUGUGAGCGGAAGAAUAAGUCAAUAGGUGAUCAAAGUGCUGGAAAAUCUGAGGCUGUUGCAAGAAAAGAUAGCUUUGGUGGUACUAAUAAUGCAAUGGUGAUUGAUAAAGGGAGUGCUAGCUUUGACAAUGCUUGUAGAAGUAAAAUGAAGUCAAGGUCACCGAUGGACCAAAAGUGCAGUGAUAGUAACAGGGAUUCAAUGAAAGAAAAAAGAUCAGAAUGGAAGGUUGACAGUCUUGUUGGUAAUGGUGCAAUAAAAAAUGCUAAAAUUAGUAAUGGAAAACACAAUGCAUUUGGGUCUAAAGUAAAGGAGAGAAUGACUGGCCAUAAAGUGGUCAACCCGCAAGCUGGGCCAUGCAUUAAAGAGACAUCAGCUUCACUUCCUAUUGCUGAAAGCAACCUUGCACCUGAGAUGAUUUCAUCAGCAGUAGCUGCUCCUCAGCUUAUUGCAGAAGAUUGGGUAUGUUGUGACAGUUGCCAGAAAUGGCGGCUACUACCUACUGGUACGAAGCCUGAGCAUCUUCCAGAGAAAUGGCUGUGUAGCAUGCUAAAUUGGCUGCCUGGGAUGAAUUCUUGUGAGUUCAGUGAGGAUGAGACAACAAAAGCACUCUAUGCCUUAUAUCAAAUGCCAAUUUCUCAGGUUCAAAGUAACAUUCAAAGCCAUGGCACUGAAACUGCACUUGGAGUUAGCUCUACUAAUUCUUUUCAAUAUGGCCUAAAUCAAAAUAUGUGUAGUUCUGAUAUGUGUGACAGAGGAAGGAAGAAACUUGUUAUUAAGGAAAAGGCAAUUUCAGGAAUAAAUAAUGACAUGCGUCGGUUCUCAAAUUCAGUGAAGGCCAAUGUUCAGGUAUCUGGAAAAAAUAGAAGCUUGAAUGGCUUGAAUCAGCAUCCUGCUGACUUUAACCCAAUGAAGAAGAUGAGCUCUUCUAAACAGCUUGGUAAGCCUGACAAAAUGAUAGAAGAGAAACAUGUGCCUAAAGAGAAUGAAAAGAAAGUAAAUGGAGAUGAUAGAAAGCAUGUUAAGUUGAAACGGAAGCUGGAUGCUGAUCAAUACAAAUCAGGAAUUCCCAAGAAAUCUAAAACUGAAAAUGUUUUCUAUGUUAAUAAACAAUUGAAUCCUGACAUGCACCUUGAGAAGGUGUCUGUAUAUUCAAGAAACGGUAUGCCAACAAAAGCUAGUGGAAAGGAUAUGAGAAAGUAUGAUGAAUAUUGUUUAUCUGAGGAUGCACAGGACAGAUUACCAGUCACUGUAACGAAAGAGGUAGAUCAGGCUCAGGGCUCAUCUGGUUUAACGAAGAAAAGGAAAUUGAAGGACGGGCCGGAUGAUGAAAAGCAGUAUGGUGAAGAGGGUGAUACAAAUGAAUUUAGCAAGGAAAAGAAAUACAGAAUUUUGAAUAAAAAGGCAAAGUCAGUAACUGAAGGUGACAAUAAAUUAAGCAAGGGUGGGAUGAGGCAAGUUUGCUUGGCAGGCAAUGGGGACCAAAUGGCUAUUGGCACAGAAGUCAGACUUGGUGAUAAAGGCAACCAACUAAGGAAGCAUAGAAAAAAUGUUGCAUCUCUUGACGCUUCAGAUGGUAUUGAUCAAUUGGGCAAGAAUUUGAGCACUAGACCACAUUCUUUGGUAGCAACUUCAAGCUCUUCAAAAGUCUCAGGUUCUCAUAAAGCUAAAACCAAGCUUGGAGAUGUGAGAGGUUCACCUGUUGAAUCUGUUACCUCCUCACCUUUGAGGGCCUUCAACAUGGAUAAGAAUAAUUUUUCACUAGGAGACACUUCAGUGAAAGACAAUGUUACAAAAGGUUGCCUCUCUUCAGUAGGUUCCAAGAGAAAUGUGAAUAAUAGGGAGAGAAAGCUAUCAGUAAAAUUGAAGGAGGGUAGAGUUCCGCAUGAUUUACAUUAUGCAUCCCAAAAAUUAUCUUCAAUAGAGUACCAGGUUGAGGAUGCUGAAGAUACAUCCAGGCUCCAAGCAAAAAAACCUUCUGAACUAAAGAAUAUUGAAGGUGGUGUUUGUGUUGAACAACCUGGCUAUUGUGCUAAUGGUGUACACCAUGAGGAGAAAGUAAACAAGGAAAACCAGGAAAGUGAACUUUCUUGGCAGAAAUCUGGUAAGGUGCUGAAAAAAAGGGAGAAAGGCAGAAAGUUUGGUUCUCAUGUUGGUACAGAUAACAUGAAGAUAUCAGUUGCAAAGACUGAUGGUUAUUCAAAGAAAGGUGGGAGGUAUGAUUCAGUAGUUAAUCCCAGUAACCAUGCAUCAGGUGCUGAGACAAAAAAUGUUGUUAAAUAUACUUUCCCCAAGUCUAAAAGUGAAAUUAACAGUUUUAGUCAGAAAAGUGCUUUAGGACAUCAGCUAAAUGAAACUGGAAAGCAAACUGAGAUAAAACCAAGAGAUUUUGAGAGUUCAGUCCCAAAUAUGGAUGCUCAAUGCAGCAGUGAGAGAAAGACUAUCUCCCUGCAAAACCCGACCCAUGAUCUUGAGGAAGAAAACAAAGUCAAAGUUAAUCAUGUAAUCGAAGAAUCAAGAGUUGUGAAAUCAAAAGUUCCCUCAUCUGCAGCAGGGGAAGUAAAGAGGGAAGCAUUGAGUGUGGGUUCUAGAAUUGUACCUCAGUAUCAAAAGGGAAGCAUGUCUAAUGAGCAUCCUGUCAAGGUUUUGGGCAAUAGUGAUUUGGUCAAUUCAAUCAGAAAUUAUGCUAAUGUUAGUAACAAUGCUGCGGCAAAUUGUAGUUCUGGAAAUUCUGUACCUGAUCAGCAACCCACUGUGUCAAGUCCUGUGAGAACAAAUUUUAACCAAACUUCUGUUGACACCCUGGAAGAAGCUGCAAAAUUAAAAGAAAGAGCAGAUAAUUAUAAGAACUCUGGGUUUGCCUUUGAAAGCAAUGAGACAUACUUUCAAGCUGGUGUGAAGUUUCUGCAUGGAGCGUCUCUUUUAGAAAAUUGUCACAAUGAAAUUAGCAAGCAUGGGGAAAUGAGUCAAAUGCAAAUUUUUUCUACUGCAGCCAAACUUUUCAAAUGCUGUGCCCAUGAAUAUGAAGCUCGGCAAGAAAUGGCUGCUGCUGCUUUGGCAUAUAAAUGCAUGGAGGUAGCAUACAUGAGAGUGGUUUACUGUAAAAAUUCCAGUAUCAACAGAGAUCGACAUGAGUUACAAUCAACUCUUCAAAUGGUUUCUCAAGGUGAAUCUCCUUCAUCUUCUGCAUCCGAUGUUGAUAACCUAUACAAUCAGGCAGCAGCAGAUAAGGCUACUUUGCCUAGGGGUACUAAUACUCAUGCUGCUAUCAACCAAGUCAUAUCUGCUCGAACUCAUCCAAAUUUAAUCAGGCUUCUUGAUUUCACUAAGGACAUACAUUUUGCUAUGGAGGCUUCUGAAAAAUGUCAGAACACUUUCACGGCUGCUAAUGUGAUCAUGGAAGAAGCACGGAAUAAGGACUGUAUAGCUUCUAUCAGGAGUGUUAUUGAGUUCGGCUUCCAGGAUGUAGACGAGCUUGUACGUCUGGUUUGGACCGCAACAAAAGCCAUAAGUCGUGCCGGUCUUGGUGGUGCUAGAGAUUAA